AUGCGCGGCAUUUUUGAAAAGGACCCCGGCCGCGCCUCGGCCAAGUUCAACUACAUGUUGUCGCCCAGGGUCUUCCAGAGGCGCUCCGUCGUCUUGCUCGCCGUCCUUGCCGUCUUCGGCUUCGGCUUGCUCAUCUCGUCUGCUCGGCUGAGGGAGCGCUGCGAGGAAAGCGGCUACUGCGGCUUCGCCCAACUGUCUCCCAGCCUUGCCGCUCUUGGCGACCCCUAUCGAGACCAUGACCAAAACAACAGCAUGCCCGCUCACGCCGGCAAGCCCGCCGCGGCCAACCCCGAGCCGAGUGCCGGUUCCGAGUGCGCCAGCUUUCCCGACACGUCCAAUGUCUUGCUCGUCAUGAAGACGGGGGCGUCGGAGGCCUUUGGCAAGAUCCCCAACCAGCUCAUGACCAACCUCAAGUGCCUCCCCGAAUUUUACCUCUUCGGCGACAUGGCGCAAAAGGUGGCGGGCUACACCAUCCACGACAGCCUCGACACCGUGUUGCCCGAGGUCACGCGCAACAACGAGGAUUUCGACCUCUACUUUCGCCAGAAGACCUGUCCCGUUGACCAAGGCUCCUGCAACAAACACCACGACGUUGGCAGACAGGCCUGGAAGCUCGACAAGUACAAAAACAUCCACAUGGCCGAGAAGACGUACGCCAUGCGGCCCGACUACGACUGGUACCUGUUUGUCGAUGCCGACACCUACGUCGUCUGGCCGACGCUCCUCAAGUGGUUGGAGCAGCUUGACCCGGACGAGCCGCACUACAUAGGCAGUGUCGCAUAUGUCGGCUACGUCCCCUUUGCACACGGCGGGAGCGGUUACCUGGUUUCGCAGGCGACCAUGAGCAAGUUGUUCAAGGGGCAAGACAAGGUGGCAAAUCGAUGGGACCAGAGAGUGACGCGCGAGUGCUGCGGCGAUUUUGUCUUUGCGCUGGCGCUGAAGAACGAGACCGACACCGACGUCAGGAACGCGUGGCCGACCAUUAACGGUGAGAAGCCACAUACGUUGCCGUACGCAAAAAAAGAAUGGUGCCAGCCCAUAGUCACCAUGCAUCACGCCGGCGCCGAGGAGGUGUCGGAACUUUACGCAUUCGAGAAGGAGCGAGACUUCUCGUACCCGAUGCGCAUCAAGGACCUCUACCACCGUUUCGUCAAGGACCAACUGAUGGCCAGACGAGACGACUGGGACAACCUGAGCGACAACGUCUUUUACCUCAACAGCUCGGCGUACGAGUACCUGGACUGGGAGAAAAAAAAGGCGAAGACGGAGAACCUCUCUGCGCUUGAGAUGCUCGCACACGAGAGCUUCGAUGAUUGCCGCAGGGCUUGCCACAGCUUGCCAGAGUGCCUGCAGUUUCGCUUCUACCAUGGCAUCUGCGCCAUUAGCCACACCAUCAAGCACGGCCACCCGACGAAGCAGGAACCGUAUCAGCAUUGGCGGUUUAUGUCCGGAUGGAACGUCAAGAGAAUAGAAGAAUGGGUCGAGGAGCACGACGACUGCGGCGAGGUUGAAUUUCCCAUCGAGGACAGCUGGCUGAGCCUGUGA